AUGGAUUUGUCUGUUGAAUUUGGUACGUCUAAUGUUCUUCAUGCUUUUACCCCCGGUGGAACGAAGAUAUGGAUUCCAUGUUGUGAUAGUGAAAUUAGACCAACUAUAGGUAUGAAAUUUUCAAAACUUGAUGAAGCUGGGUUUAAAGAAAAACGAAAUAAUGUGGUGACAGAGAAAGUUGAUAGUAUCGGGGAAGAAGAUGAUAAUUUUGUAGAUGAUAUGAAUGUUGAAGAAGUGGUUGUUGGUCAAGAUAAAGAAGACUAUGAUUGUCAAGAAGCGAAUACUCUUAUGGUUAAAAGAAGAUUGUCUACUCGAGUUGGUUGUAAGGCAAAUAUGAUUUUAAAGUAUUGCGAAGAUGGAGGUUACAUUGUUUCUAAUUUUGAAGAAGGGCAUACUCAUCAUAUGUAUUCAUCCGAGAACUCUCAUUUUCAGAAGUCCAAAAGAAAGCUGACAAUGUUUCAUAAGAAAAUGAUAAUUGAUAAUUCAAAGGUGAAUAUUGGUCCUGUCAAGACAUACAGAAUGGUGAAGGAAUAUGUUGGUGGGUAUGAGAAUAUAGGCGCUAGUAGGAAUGACUUCAAAAAUUUUCAUAGAGAUUUGAAGGCGUAUAUUGAAGGAUCGGACGCCCAGAAAUAUAAUAUGGUAUUUGGUCCAUUCACGGGAGUCGAUCACCACAAGAAAUGUGUCACUUUUGCUGCUGGUUUUAUUGCAAAGGAAGAUGUUGCUUCAUUCGAAUGGCUAUUUAGAACAUUUGUUAAGGCAAUGGGUGGUAAGGAGCCCAAUUGUUUAAUUACGGAUCAAGAUCCAGCUAUGAAAAUUGCUGUAAAUUCUGUUUUCCAACAAUGUGAGCACAGAUUUUGUAUGUGGCACAUAAUGAAAAAGCUGCCUGAUAAAGUUGGAAGGAAUAUCAUUCAGGAUACUGAAUUUUUGAAGGAACUCAGUAAGUGUGUUUGGAAUUUAGAAAUUGAGGCACCUGAAUUUGAAGAGAAGUGGAACAAUGUUCUUGUUGAGUUUAAAUUACAAGAUCAUGAUUGGUUGAAUUUGAUGUUUGAGAUGAGAGCUAUGUGGAUUCCAGCGUAUUUUAGAGAUGUCUUUAUGGGUGGUAUUAUGAGAACUACCUCAAGGUCAGAGAAGAAUGACAAUGAAUCACAGGAGAAAUUCCCUCAAUGUAAGACAGAAUUGUUGAUUGAGAGGCAUGGUUCUGAGGUGUACACCGUUUCUGUAUUUUAUGAAUUUCAAGAUGAAGUUCAUAGUGCUUUUUAUUGUUGUGGUGUAGAUGAAUUGAGGAAGGAAGAUGGUAUUGAUGUAGCAAUUGUUACUGAGGCAAAUAGGAGAAGGAAAUUUAAAGUUUUGUUUGAGUGCUUUAGUCAUGACACUACCUGCUCUUGUAAGAAGUUUUAUAGGAUAAGAACCCCAUGCAGACAUAUGAUAUGGAUGUGGAAGGCAAAGAAUUUAAAAAGCAUUCCAAAGCAAUAUAUCUUAGAUCGUUGGACAAUAAAUGCUACUCAGAAACCAGUGUUAGAUAUAAGUUGUUUAGACACCGAAGAUGAUAGGCGGGUGGUUAUAAAUGAAAUGUGGUCGGAGAUAUUUUCUUAUGUGAGUUGGGUUAAAGGUCAUGAGGAGGACUUUAUUAAGAAUAUUCGAGAGUUCAAGAAUAAAAUUGAAGCGACAAAAAAUGUUACUUUGGAAGAUACUCAGAAUCAUCCUGAUGAAAUACUUGUUCAGCCUCCUAAAGUGUCGAAGAAUAAAGGUACAGGUGUUCACGAUGGCUCUGGAACUAGUGGGUCUAAAAGAUUAAAGGGUGCCAAAGAAAUAGCGGUUGAACAAUCUAAAAAGAAAACGAAGAGGAAAUGCAGUGGCUGUGGCGAGCUAGCAUAUCAUGAUAUUCGGAAUUGUCCUCACAAAGCAUGA